AAAAAACUCUCACGCCACCAGAGUGCGCUUUACGGCCGAGCGAGCGUGCACGUCACCAGCUAUGGCGGAAGGGGAAGAGGUAUCGCCGCCGUUGUCGUGCAGCUGGGAAAAAGAUCUUGCAGACGCUCUAGAAGAAGGAGGCUGUGAUCUUGAAACUGUCAGAAGCAUCAUUCAAGGAAGGCCAUUGCCUGCUGAUCUGAGGGCCAAAGUCUGGAAGAUUGCACUUAAUGUUGUGGGAAAGGGGGACAGCCUAGCAUCCUGGGAUGGCUCUUUAGACCUAACUGAACAAAGUAUAAUUCAUACAGAUUGCCAAGAGCUGAUUGACCAGCUGUCAGUGCCAGAAGAGGAGAAGUCAGUAUUGCUUUUGGAUAUUGAGUCUGUUAUUACUUUUUAUUGCAAAUCACGUAAUGUCACAUACAGCUCUUGCCUCGGCUGGAUCCAUCUACUCAAACCUCUGGUGCACCUUCGUUUGUCACGCAGUGAUUUAUACAACUGCUUUUAUGCUAUCAUGAAUAAGUUCAUUCCAAGAGAUUGUUUUAUGAAGGGAAGACCAUUUCAUCUAUUUAGACUGCUUCUUCAGUACCAUGAACCUGAACUCUGCUCUUUCCUUGAUACUAAGAAGAUGACUCCAGACUCAUAUGCACUCAACUGGCUGGGAAGCCUCUUCUCAUAUUACUGCUCAGCUGAAGUCACUCAGGCAAUAUGGGAUGGAUAUCUACAACGAGCAGAUCCAUUUUUUAUUUAUUUCUUAAUGUUAAUCAUCCUUGUCAAUGCAAAGGAUGUUAUCUUAGCACAAGAAUUGGAUAAAGAAGAAAUGAUAAAAUUCUUAGAAACAUCACCAGCCAAUCUCAAUUUAGAGGAUAUAGAAGACCUCUUCUCCUUGGCGCAGUAUUACUGUAGCAAAACUCCAGCUUCCUUCAGGAAGGACAACCACAGUCUCUUUGGCAGCAGCUUGCUGGGCCUCAAAGAUGAUGAUACAGACUUGAGCCAGGCUCUGUGCCUGGCAGUUUCUGUGUCUGAGAUUCUUCAAGCAAAUCAACAGCAAGGAGAAGGAGUAAGGUUCUUUGUAGUGGACUGUCGUCCUGCAGAGCAAUACAAUGCUGGGCAUUUAUCAACAGCAUUUCAUCUGGACUCAGAUUUGAUGCUUCAAAACCCAUCAGAAUUUGCACAGUCAGUAAAGUCCCUGUUAGAAGCACAAAAGCAAUCUAUUGAGUCUGGUUCCAUAGCUGGUGGGGAACAUCUCUGCUUCAUGGGAAGUGGUAGGGAAGAAGAAGAUAUGUAUAUGAACAUGGUGCUAGCACAUUUCUUACAGAAAAACAAGGAGUAUGUAAGCAUUGCCAAAGGAGGAUUUAUGGCCCUCCAGCAGCACUUAGCAGAUAUCAAUGUGGAAGGACCAGAAAAUGGAUAUGGCCACUGGAUUGCUAGCACCUCAGGCUCGAGAAGUAGCAUAAACUCCUCUGUUGAUGGUGACUCUCCUAAUGGUUCAAAUGAUGGAAAAGGAGUAAAGUCCCUGGUAAAUAAAAUGACAGUUGCUUUGAAGACUAAAUCUGUGAAUGUGAAAGAAAAAGUAAUUAGUUUUAUUGAAAAUACAUCUACUCCAGUGGACAGAAUACCUUUCAAUAUUCCCUGGCCAGACAGAGCAAGCCUGGAGCGACAUGUCAGCAGCAGUGACAGAGUGGGAAAACCCUACCGUGGUGUGAAACCAGUGUUCAGCAUAGCAGAUGAAGAAGAAUAUGAUACUGAUGAAAUUGACAGCUCCUCAAUGUCAGAUGAUGAUCGAAAAGAGGUUGUCAACAUCCAGACAUGGAUAAAUAAACCUGAUGUGAAGUAUAACUUCCCCUGCAACGAAGUAAAAGAAAAUGGACAUAUGUUUCCCAGUCAUCUCCUAGUAACAGCAACUCACAUGUACUGUUUGAGAGAGAUUCCAUCACGAAAGGGACUGGCUUACAUACAGUCUCGGCAGGCACUCAACUCUGUAGUCAAAAUCACAUCCAAGAAGAAACACCCAGAACUGAUCACCUUUAAAUAUGGAAAUAGCAAUACUUCAGGCAUAGAAAUUUUGGCAGUUGAAAGGUAUUUGAUUCCAAAUGCAGGGGAUGCUACCAAAGCCAUAAAACAACAGAUCAUGAAAGUAUUGGAUGCCUUGGAGAGUUAAUAAAAAAAGACUUUGUAGAGAGCAGUUUAUAAAGAAGAAACAACCAAGAUACUGUAUGUGGACACAAGCUGACUGUUUCCUUACUGAAUACUAACUUGAGAAUUUUUCUGUUUGCUGAUGGGAGUGCCUGAGUAGCAGGCCUAAGAUAGGGUAAAUUAUUAUCAAUUUCUGAACAGGAUUUUAAACCU